AUGCCAACGACAUGGCGAAAAGCAUCUGGCUGGACCCGCUAUACAGCAGAUGGGAAGGCUGUUGCUGUCGAUUACCCUUUAGAAACAACACUUGUGUUUGAUGUUGAAGUUUUGAUGAGUGAAGGGAAAUACCCGACGAUCGCAGUGGCAGCAUCCAACGAGGCGUGGUAUUCAUGGACUUCCCCUUACUUACUGAAGGAAGACGCUAAUAAAGAGCAGUUGAUAUCUUUCGGAAAUACAAAGCAGCCACGCUUAAUAGUAGGGCAUAACGUUAGUUAUGAUCGAGCUCGAAUCGCUGAUGAAUACUGUCGAGAGCCUUCUCGGAUUCGGUACAUGGACACGAUGAGUUUGCAUAUUGCAGUAGCUGGCCUCUGCUCGCAACAACGAUUUGCUUGGAAUCAGGAAGUCAAACGUAGAAAUCAGGAUGAUGUACAAACGGCAGGAGAGUAUCAAACGACUUUUUUCGAUGUUAGUACUCUGAAUAGCUUAAAAGAUUUGGCUAAAUUCUAUUGUCAGAAAGAUAUCGAUAAAAUUGUAUUUCCUCGUUUCCAUAAGAACUGCCCUCAUCCUGUAUCCUUCACAGGUAUGCUUCAUAUGGGAAGCUCCUUUUUGACAGUGACGGAGAAAUGGGACGAUUACUUGCAAAAGUCUUCUGGCAAGCAUCGAGAACUUGAAGAAGUAUUAGAUUCAAAGUUGAUAGAUUUAGCUGAAAAAGCGAGAGCUCUCGUUGAUGAACCCGAAAAAUGGCAAGCUGAUCCCUGGCUAAGUCAGUUGGAUUGGUUAGUCAAUCCACGUCAAAGAAAAUUGAAAGGGUCACCUAAAUGGUAUAAAGAUGCUUAUUGUACGAAAGAAGGUAGACUUAAAAUCUCAUUACGUUCCCGAAUCGCCCCUCUGUUACUAAGGCUUAAAUGGCAAGGAUAUCCUUUACACCAUAUCACAAAGUACGGCUGGUGCUUCAAAAUACCCAUUGACCAAGCAACGAUCGCUCAACGAGGAAAAGCUGUUGAACAAGAUGAGAAUUAUUUUUAUUUAAAAGUACCUCAUAAGGAUGGUGAAUCUGCGAAUUGCGGUAAUCCUCUCGCGAAAAACUAUAUUGCAUCCUUUGAAGACAAGGUUCUCAGCUCUGAAUAUGAAGCUGCUAGAGAAGCACUUGAAUUAAACGCAAAAUCAGCCUAUUGGAUCAGUUCAAGAGAACGCAUUUUGAAUCAAUUUGUCGUAUGGGACACUAAUAGUACAGUAGAUAUGAAACUUCCACAAAGGGAGGACGGAAAAUACGGCAUCAUUCUACCUCAGAUGGUAACUAUGGGGACUGUAACGCGACGCGCUGUUGAAAAGACAUGGUUGACCGCUAGUAAUGCAAAACAAAAUCGCAUUGGCUCUGAACUAAAAUCAAUGAUACAGGCUCCUGAAGGGUACAAAAUUGUUGGUGCAGACGUUGAUUCAGAAGAGCUUUGGAUAUCCAGUGUCAUUGGUGAUGCACAGUUUGGCUUUCAUGGAGCCACUGCAUUGGGUUGGAUGACACUGCAAGGUUCCAAAUCAGAAGGCACAGAUCUUCAUUCCAAAACAGCAAGUAUCCUUGGCAUCAGUCGUGACAAAGCAAAGAUUUUCAAUUAUGCAAGAAUUUAUGGUGCAGGAGUGAAAUAUGCUACGAGUCUAUUGAUGCAGUACAACCAAGAUAUGGAUUUGGAGACAGCGAAACGUCGAGCGGCUGAUCUUUAUUCAAACACCAAAGGUGAUAAAGAACAUUAUCAGAAAAACCCUUUCAAAAGACCGUUCUGGCACGGCGGGUCUGAAAGUUACAUGUUUAAUGCCUUGGAAGACAUUGCCUUAUCGAAAGAACCGAAAACCCCAGUAUUAGGAUGCACCAUUACGGAUGCUUUGAAGCCGAGAUAUACAGGUACCCAAUUUUUAACAUCAAGAAUUAAUUGGGUUGUUCAAAGCUCUGGUGUAGACUAUUUGCAUUUGCUGAUUGUGUCUAUGGCUCACUUAAUUGAACGAUACCAAAUUGACGCGAGGUUCAUGCUUUCUGUUCAUGAUGAGGUUCGUUAUUUAACCACUGAGAAAGAUCAGCAUCGUACUGCGCUAGCUCUUCAAAUUGCAAACGUAUGGACGAGAGCCCUUUUCAGUUACAAACUAGGUAUUUUCAACUUGCCUCAGACCGUAGCCUUCUUUUCAGCUGUCGAUAUAGACCAUGUUUUCCGAAAAGAACCCAGUAUGACAUGUUUAACACCCUCUCAUGAAGUAAAGAUAUCUGAAGGCGUCAGCUGCACAAUACAAGAUACUAUAGCAGCAUUAACCAGCGAGACAGACAAUCAUAAAAAAUGCCUGCUGGGCAAAUCAAAAAAGACGAGCGGAAGUAAUAUACCGCAAGAGACAGUUCAAGCUAUCAUCGAUCAGAUAAGCACUCCUAAAAUAGAUAUCAAUUUACCCUUCUUGAAAGCGCAGAUGUAUAAAGACUAUAAAAAGCAUAUGGACCCGUCGAUUAAUGGAAACAGGGAAACAGAAGAAAAAGUUUAUCGCCGUAGAAGAGUUAGAAAAAUAGAAGGCGAUGAAGGACACUAA